GAAAAUCUAAAUAGAUGCAAACUGCGGCUUGGCAGCUGAAGCCAGAGAGAAGGAUAUUUUAACUGAGGUCGUGGGCCAGUUACAGAUAAGCAACUUGCAAAAAAACAUUCCUGAAAAGGAAGGAAGAAUAUUUAAAUGUUACACGAUCAUUAUCUCUCUGCCGUGCUUCUAUUUUACAUCAAUACUGAAUAAACCAAAGUGUCUAGGAAGAUAUACAUGGUAUUCAAAGUCAUUAUUCUUUGUCAUGGCAGCAGUAAUGUUCAAGAAUAUCUUCUUCAGAAUCUUUGUUGGAUUCCAUGGAACAUUUCUUCUGCAUCCAGUCUGUUUGACACAGGAAUUAAGAGCAUCUCCUUUUCUUCCAAAUACUGCUUACCUCUGGGGUUCCAACGCCCCAAUUGAAUUUUGUGAUGAACUUCAUGAUAUACAUAUAGAUAUGAGCCUCUUCGCUUUAUCAGGAAGCCCCCGGAAACAGAUCACAGAGCAAGGUAUUGCCCUGUUUUAUAUUCAUAAACUUGGCUACUAUCCUUUUGUAGAGUUACACACAGGUGAAAAUGUGAAUGGAGGACUCCCCCAGUUGGGAUGUCUGAAAAAACAUUUGGAUAAGGCUAAUAAUGACAUUCGCUAUUACAUUGCAUCGAACACCCCGGGCUUGGCUGUAAUUGACUGGCCAGAGUGGAGGCCUAUCUGGGGAAGAAACACGGGUCUUAAAGAGGUUUACAUGGAACGAUCCAUUGAAUUGGAAUUAAAAAAAAAUCCAUCAUUUGCUUAUUGGCAGGCCAUAAGAGCUGCCGAAAACGAGUUUCAAGAAGCAGGAAGAGGUUUCAUGGCAGAGACUUUAAAAUUGGGAAGAUCACUACGGCCGAAAUCCUUAUGGGGUUUUUAUUUCUUUCCUGAAUGUUACAAUAAAGACUAUCAGAAACCCGAAUUCACUGGAACUUGCGCUGAUAUAGAAAAGGAAAGAAAUAAUGACCUCCUCUGGUUGUGGAAAGAAAGCACAGCCCUUUACCCAUCCGUUUAUUUAAAUACCAGAAUAACAGCAAAAAAUCAGGCAAUCUUUGUGCGGAAUCGCGUGCAGGAAGCCUUCCGGAUUUCACAAAUACAAGAUCCUAAGAACCCACUUCCGGUGAUUGCAUAUUUCCGUCCAGUGUUCACCGAUAAGCCUGAGAUAUUCCUUUCUAAGAAUGACCUUGUGCACACAAUUGGGGAAAGCAUGGCUCUAGGUGUCUCUGGACUGGUAAUGUGGGGAGGCUACGAAAUAAUCCGAUCUUUGGAAGAUUGCAGAAGCAUAGACAGUUUUGUAUCAGAGACGCUGAACCCUUACAUAAUCAAUGUCACCCUAGCAGCCAAAAUGUGUAACCAAGUACUUUGCCAAGACAAGGGAGUGUGUAUACGGAAAAACUGGAAUUCAAGUGACUAUCUUCAUCUGAACUCAGAAACUUUUGCUAUUCAAGCUAUGAAAGGUGGAAACUAUGCAAUGCAUGGGCACCCCACAAUUAAAGACCUGCGGCAUUUUACUCAAAAUUUUCGUUGCAGCUGUUACGCCGGUGUCAAUUGCAAAACGACAGUGGAUGUGAAAACUACUGAUAAUAUUUAUGUAUGUGUUGGUCACGAUAUUUGUAUAAAUACCCUCGUAAGCCCAAAACUCAGUGAUAAAUCUAGGUGGAAUAAGAGAGCUUCUAUUGCUUAUAGUAAUGUCUCAUUUUCUACACCACUUGCUAGAGUAGCCCCAUGUGUUCCUGAAAAAGACCUCAAUGAGAACCUCAAAACCAAAUGCUUAGUGGAAGUUCUCUCCAACAACCUCCAAGAAGAUAAUCAGAGUCAUAUAUAUAUUCAAGACAAUAAAAAUGAAAUAAUUUCUUCCAGUACAAGUUCAGUGCUUAUUAAAUUUCCUUUCUACAUACUUCAUGUUUUGAUAGCUUUUACAUUGAUAUAUUUAGUAAUUUAGUUUAGAUGAUUUUUUAUGCACAUGCUAAUACUUAGAGUUUUGUAUUUGAAGUGUUUAUAAAAAAUACAUAGUUCAGAUAAUAGUUUGACUUGUUGAGAAAAGAUUAUUUUCUAAUGAUCACAUUAAACUUUAAAUUAUUAUUGAUGGAUGAACAAAGGAUGUUGGCCAUCACUUUAAUUUUCAAAAUCACAGAAUUGUGUCACUACUAUAGCCAUUGAUAAAACAUUAUGACUAAAUCUACAUUUGAUUUGAAUCUUGAAUAGUAAUGGGGCAAAGAUUUUUUUUUUUGUAUGAUGUUUCAUUUAUAUUUUCUGAAUGCCUUGACUCUGUAGCAAAGAUUUUGCAUACUGUGACCGUACAUAUAAAAUGCAGAGGUAACUGUUCUGUUCUUAUUCUUAUAAAAACUGAUUGUAAGGCCUCUAACACCUUUAGACUAGGUUUUCCCUGUGAAACAGGAAGGCUUGGAUAAUACAAAUUUAUUGCAAAUGAAUGUCUUUCUAAAUAUUUUGUGAUUCAUAAUAAAAAGGUUAAGAAAAUAUUCAUGUGGAAAUGUAGUUAUCUUUUAUAAUGUAGUAUAUGCUAUUCAGUCCUGAGCAUAGAACCAUGGAUUUUAGUUAUGUCAGCUUAAUCAUUUCUUCCAGGUGUGUUGUAUAAAAUGGU